AUGGCUCCUCGUUUUUGGACUGCGCUAUGCGCCUUCACACUCGGCCACGCUGUGCUCGCUGCACCGCAGCUGGCGCCUCGUGCGACAGCUAGCUUGGAUAGCUGGCUGGCCACGGAAACUGCCGUUGCUCGAACGGGCAUUCUCGAUAAUAUCGGGGCUGAUGGCGCCUAUGCGAGGAGCUCGAAAUCGGGGAUUGUCAUUGCCAGUCCCAGCACCGACAGUCCUGAUUACUACUACACGUGGACCCGUGACUCCGCGUUAGUCAUGAAGACCCUCGUCGAUCUCUUCAAGAACGGCGACACCGACCUGCUCACCGUUAUUGAGGAGUACAUCAGUUCCCAGGCGUACAUCCAGACGGUCUCGAACCCAUCUGGCGGUCUUUCGAGCGGGGGACUGGGUGAGCCGAAGUUCAAUGUUGAUGAGACAGCCUACACUGGUUCGUGGGGGCGUCCUCAACGCGAUGGUCCAGCUCUACGUGCUACUGCUUUGAUCGCAUUCGGACAGUGGUUGAUCAGCAACGGCUACACCUCUACGGCAGCCGACAUUGUCUGGCCGAUCGUGCGCAACGAUCUGUCCUACGUCGCACAGUACUGGAAUAGCUCUGGAUACGACCUCUGGGAAGAAGUCAACGGCGAAUCCUUCUUCACUACGGCUGUCCAACACCGCGCACUCGUCGAAGGCAGCAAAUUCGCCAGCCAGGUCGGAUCUUCCUGCUCGUAUUGCGAUUCUCAAGCGCCCCAAGUCCUCUGCUUCUUGCAGUCAUACUGGACGGGUUCCUACACCCUGGCCAACUUCGGUAGCAGCCGUACCGGUAAAGAUGCCAACACUCUCCUCGGCAGCAUCCACACGUUCGAUCCAGAGGCAGGGUGUGAUGACACGACAUUCCAACCUUGCUCGGCUCGUGCUCUGGCAAACCACAAGGUCGUGACAGACUCCUUCCGCUCCAUCUACACCGUCAAUUCAGGGAAGAGCGCUGGUCAAGCUGUUGCUGUUGGUCGGUACCCCGAGGACUCCUACUACAAUGGCAAUCCCUGGUAUCUCUGCACUAUGGCUGCCGCAGAACUGCUUUAUGAUGCACUCUAUCAGUGGAACAAGAUUGGCUCGUUGACAAUCAGCAGCACUUCGCUCAGCUUCUUCACUGAUUUGUACAGCUCUGCCGCUACUGGAACUUAUUCGUCGUCGAGUGCGACAUACUCUUCUAUUGUCAGUGCGGUCAAGACAUAUGCGGACGGAUACAUGAGCAUUGCGGAACAAUACGCCUACUCAAACGGUUCCAUGUCCGAGCAAUUCUCCAGAUCCAACGGUAGCCCUGUAUCCGCCCGUGACCUAACCUGGUCGUAUGCCGCUCUCCUCACUGCCAACAUGCGCCGCAACUCCGUCGUGCCUCCCGCAUGGGGCGAGACCUCCGCCAGCAGCGUCCCUGGAACCUGCGCUGCGACAUCCGCGACUGGUACGUACAGCACCGCGACAAACACCAACUGGCCGAGCACUUUGACAAGUGGAACUGGCGCAACUACGACGACUGCUGGUGGAACGACGACCAGCAAGACCACGACGACUACGUCGAAGACGACAACCACGUCCUGCACGACCCCGACCUCGGUCGCUGUCACCUUUGACGUAGUCGCAACUACAACCUACGGCGAGAACAUCAAUCUUGCUGGCUCUAUCUCCGCACUGGGCAAUUGGGAUACAGGCAGCGCUAUUGCGCUAAGUGCGGAUAAAUAUACUAGCUCAAACCACCUUUGGUAUGUCACUGUUAACCUGCCUGCCGGACAGGUGUUCCAAUACAAGUAUAUUCGGGUCGAGAGCGAUAGCUCGAUCCAGUGGGAGAGUGAUCCAAAUCGCUCGUAUACUGUGCCGGCUGCUUGUGCGACGACGGCUGUGACGAUUAGCGAUACUUGGCGGUGA